GCCAGGUUACCAGGGCACAGGAGGGACCAGAAGCCCCGGGGCUGCUGAGUGGUUUGGCGGGGAUGGCUCUGCGCCUGGGGAGGAGCCGGAAGACAUCCCUGGGUGGGGCCAGCUCAAAGGGUUGCAGGUUGCUCCAGGAGGAGGUCGGCGGGGCCCCUAGAGGAGAUGACGCAGAGCUCCAGGCUUCUCCCAGCCCCCACUUUUCUCGCCUGGGGGCCAGAGAGCUCACCUGAACCACAGUGUCCCCCACCCCCUCCAUUCCCUAAGCUUGACAUCACUGCGCAGGGCAGCAGGGAUCUGGUGUCCUUGCUGCCUUCUGGUUGAGUCUGAUCCUUCCCCUGUUGCAAUGGUCUUGACAGAAGCGGUAUCCCUGAAGGAAGUCAUCCUUACCAAUGAAACCAGGCCACCUAACCCAUUUGUGGCUUCCUGGCUCUGUGUUCAGCCAUGGCCAGCGAGAGCUCACCUCUGCUGGCCUACCGGCUCCUGGAGGAAGAAGGGGCUGCCUUCCCUGCCAGUGGAGCUGGAGGUCCUGGAGGGGCGCCUGCCCGCAAGCUGUCCACCUUCCUGGGUGUGGUGGUGCCCACGGUCCUGUCCAUGUUCAGUAUAGUUGUCUUCCUGCGGAUUGGGUUCGUGGUGGGCCAUGCUGGACUGCUUCAGGCCUUGGCCAUGCUACUGGUUGCUUAUAUCAUCCUGGCACUCACGGUCCUGUCUGUCUGUGCCAUCGCCACCAAUGGAGCUGUCCGAGGAGGCGGAGCCUACUUCAUGAUCAGCCGGACCCUGGGGCCUGAGGUUGGGGGCAGUAUCGGCCUUAUGUUCUACCUGGCUAACGUCUGUGGCUGUGCCGUCUCCCUGCUGGGGCUGGUGGAGGCCGUGCUGGACGUCUUCGGGGCUGAACCCAUGGGGUCCAGUGGGCUCCGGGUCCUGCCGCAGGGUUACGGCUGGAACCUGCUCUAUGGCUCCCUGCUGCUGGGCCUCGUAGGUGGCGUGUGCACAUUGGGAGCUGGCCUCUAUGCCCGGGCCUCCUUCCUUACAUUCCUUCUGGUGUCCGGCUCCCUGGCUUCCGUGCUGAUCAGCUUUGUGGCUGUGGGGCCCAGGGACAUCCCUUUAGCUCCUCGGCCCGGUGCCAAUGGCUCCUCUCUGCCAACCCGGUUCGGCCACUUCACUGGCUUCAACAUCAGCACCCUGAAGGACAACUUGGGCGCUGGCUACGCCGAGGACUACACCACGGGGGUCAUGAUGACCUUUGCCAGUGUCUUUGCCGUCCUCUUUAAUGGCUGCACAGGCAUCAUGGCCGGGGCCAAUAUGUCAGGGGAACUGAAGGACCCCAGCCGGGCAAUUCCUCUGGGGACAAUCAUUGCCGUGGCCUACACUUUCUUCAUCUACAUCCUGCUUUUCUUUCUCUCCAGCUUCACUUGUGACAGGACCCUGCUACAGGAGGACUACGGGUUCUUUCGCGCCAUCAGCCUGUGGCCCCCUCUGGUGCUGAUUGGCAUCUACGCCACGUCGCUGUCGGCCUCCAUGAGCUCACUCAUCGGUGCUUCCCGCAUCCUGCAUGCCCUGGCCCAGGAUGACCUCUUUGGAGUGAUCUUGGCCCCAGCCAAGGUCAUAUCCAGAGGAGGAAACCCCUGGGGGGCUGUCUUGUAUUCUUGGGGACUCGUGCAGCUGGUGCUCCUGGCGGGGAAGCUGAACACACUGGCCGCCAUCGUCACAGUCUUCUACCUGGUGGCUUAUGCUGCAGUGGAUCUGUCCUGCCUCAGCCUGGAGUGGGCCUCAGCCCCCAACUUCCGCCCCACCUUCAGCCUGUUCUCCUGGCACACUUGCCUGCUGGGCGUGGCUUCCUGCCUGCUCAUGAUGUUCCUUAUCAGCCCCGGGGCCGCCGGGGGCUCCCUGCUCCUCAUGGGCCUGCUUUCUGCCCUGCUCACAGCUCGAGGAGGCCCCAGCAGCUGGGGCUACGUCAGCCAGGCCUUGCUCUUCCACCAGGUGCGCAAGUACCUGCUCCGGCUGGAUGUCCGGAAGGACCACGUGAAGUUCUGGCGGCCUCAGCUGCUGCUCCUGGUAGGGAACCCCCGGGGCGCCCUGCCUCUGCUGCGCUUGGCCAACCAGCUCAAGAAGGGGGGGCUGUAUGUGCUGGGCCACGUCACCCUGGGAGACCUUGACACACUGCCCUCGGAUCCUGUGCAGCCGCAGUACGGGGCGUGGCUGAGCCUGGUGGACCGGGCCCAAGUGAAGGCCUUCGUGGACCUCACACUGUCCCCCUCUGUGCGCCAGGGGGCACAGCAUCUGCUGCGGAUCUCGGGUCUUGGUGGCAUGAAGCCCAACACAUUGGUCCUGGGUUUCUACGAUGAUGCCCCGCCGCAGGACCAUUUCCUGACAGAUGCAGCUUUCAUGGAGCCUGAGGAGGGCCCCCAGGAGGGGGCGUCCCCAGCUCUGAGCACCCUGUUCCCCCCACCCAGAGCUCCUGGGAGCCCCCGGGCACUCAGUCCCCAGGACUACGUGGCCACUGUGGCAGAUGCCCUCAAGAUGAACAAGAAUGUGGUUCUGGCCCGGGCCUGCGGGGCUCUGCCUCCUGAGCGGCUGAGCCGGGGUUCUGGAAGCGCCUCGCAGCUGCAUCACGUGGACGUGUGGCCCCUCAACCUGCUGCGGCCCCGGGGUGGGCCUGGCUACGUGGAUGUCUGUGGUCUCUUCUUGCUGCAGAUGGCAACCAUCUUAGGCAUGGUGCCUGCCUGGCACAGCGCCCGGCUACGAAUCUUCCUCUGCUUGGGGCCUCGAGAGGCGCCCGGGGCCGCUGAAGGGCGGUUUCGGGCACUGUUGAGCCAACUGAGGAUCCGGGCUGAGGUGCAGGAGGUGGUGUGGGGUGAGGGCGCUGGAGCUGGGGAGCAGGAGGAGGAGGAGGAGGAGGGGG